AUAAUUCAACUAAAAAAAAACCAGAAACAGAAGUGGAAAAAAAUCAAUACGGUAUUGAUAUGAGAAAACAAAAAAGCUCUAUUAAAAUUAUUUUUUGUGCAAUAGACGCAGGAAAAGAAUACAUUGAAAUGUUGACAUCUUAUUGGAAUAACCCAAAAAGCUAUAAUGAAAAGAAUGUGAUAGAUCAUAUUUCAGCACAACCUAUAUUGAACAUUGAGGACAAAUUAAAUAAAAUAUUACAUUUAAUCAGCCAAUCAGUGAAUAGACGAAUUAUAAAUGAUUAUCUUGAUAUUUCAAAAUAUUUACUCUUCGCUUCGGCACUUGUUGAAUAUACCAAGAAAUUACUGAUGAAAAAAAAGCGAUCAUUUAAUGUUUAUGAAGAGUUUAAAAAUAAUGAUUCUGAAAAACGAAAAGCUGCCUAUGGACAAUUUAAAUCAGAUACGACAAAAGCAAUUAAUACCCUCAGAACAGUUCUGAAUCUUAUUAACUUAACUAUAUUUAAACUAAAAAUUAGCACCUUAAAUGAAGAAUUUGCUACAGUGCAGGCAGCAUGUAUAAUAAAAACUUUUUUAUGUACUUCAAUAGAAAUUUUAAUUUGGUACAAAUACUUCGGUCCAAUUAUUGCUAUUGGAAAUAUUACAGGAAGAUUAGAAUUAUGGGGUUCUCUUAAACAAAACACUUUUGUAGAGACAUGCAAAUUAGUUGAUGAAAAUGUCGAAUUGUUUAAUGAUUUGAAAAAGGCAAAUGAUAAUUAUGGUUGA